GAAGUCCCUCGGGUGAUCGGUUGAAUGACGAUUGAAGUGACGGAAGGACUUUGUUGUUGAGUCUUGUAGAGGAAGAAUUGCAUGAAAAGUUGUUAUAUCGUGGAGUUCGAAAAUUACGGAUUACAGAGGAAUUAAAGGAAUUAAAGCUAGUGCAGUGUCAUAUCAUAAUGAUCACAUAUAACAUAUAACUCAACAGCCAUUGUGAACUAAGUGUUAAGCGAUUAGUGUUUUGCGUGUGACGAAAUAUAUCUAAUUUUAAUACCAGUAUAAGCACGAAGAACUGAUAAUUAAAUUCCAUAAUAUAAUUUGAUGAACCAUUAAAAAACAGUGAAAAGUGAAAACCAUUCAUCCCGCAAGACCGAAAAUUCGAAAUAACCCACAUCCAAUUUGCAUAAGUUUGUGACCUAAACCAACUGCACUGUGUGUGAAACAACUGAAGCAUCAAAAACCAGCCGAAAGGCAGUUGUUACGUGAGAGCUGUUGUCGUGUGCCAUUAGAGAUAAGAAGAAUUUCGAAAUGUGUGCCUCACCGAAAACCCUUUUGAGGGCAGCAUUGUUCGCGGCUUCCAUUUUGCAGCUGAUAUGUGCCGAAGCUGAGCCGCAAUUGCGGCUUCCAGCGCUAAACAGCCAACCGGAAGCGAAUGUACGGCCCAACAGUUACACGGACGAGGUGGAUGACAUGGAGGAUUCUGCCAAGCGGAGUAACAAUUACGAUCAAAGUAGAAGCGAACGGUUUGGUCCACCCUACGGGAACGAUGACGAAGAUGGUGAUGAUGAUGAUGAUAACAACUAUCCGCAGAGUAGGAGUAAUGAUGACAGGCUGGAUCGACAGAAUCGGCCUUUUUCUUACGAUGAUCGCAAUCGGUACAACGAUGACAAUCGAAACUACGAUCGGGAUCGGGACCGAUACCCAUAUGACAGGGAUCGCAAUCGCUACAUUUCCGAUGUAGAUAAUCCAAAUCUGUAUCAAAACCGAGCUCCCUACAAUCCGAACCAACCGGACGAUCGCUACAACCGAAAUCGUAACAAUCCAGACUACAAUCCAAACCAGCGGCCCUAUUUGAACGACGUCGACAAUCCAAACCUCUACCAGGACCGAACGCCGUACGAUCCUAACCGGCAGAAUCCGUACGAUCCACAGCAGCGCAGACCGAUCGGUCCCUUUGAGGACCCACGAACGUACAACAACGGUCGACCGCGUGAUCCCUACGGGCAGGGCCCGUUUCGGAGUGUGGAAGAAGAACGCCGCUUCCGGCAGGAAACGGAAAAACUGAAAUCCUUUUUGACGGACAUCGAUCGGAAAAGUUCGCUCGAGUGUUCUCUGAAUGUCGGCGCCCAGUGGAACUUCGAAACUAACGUGAAUGAGGCGACCCAAGUUGAGGCGAUUGCAGCCCAGCAGCGUUACAACGAUUUCCAACGCCUGAUAUGGGAUCAGAUGCGUCAUAUCGAUCAAACGAAAAUCUUCGACGAUAAAUUGUACCGCCAGGUUCGUUUGAUGUCGAUCAUCGGUCCCAGCGCCCUGCCACCGGAUCAGCUCGAUCGGUACAAUCGGAUCGUUAACGACAUGUUAACGAUCUUCAACGGUGCACAAAUUUGCGCCUACGAACGACCGUUCGAGUGUGGUUUGAGGCUACAGCCUCACCUGAAAGAUAUCAUGGCCAAGAGCAGGGAUUGGAAUGAACUGCAGUACACUUGGUUGGAAUGGCGCCGGAAGUCGGGACGACACAUGCGAGAGCUUUUCGAACAACUGGUUGAUCUCACAAAUGAGGCGGCUCGGGUCAAUAAUUUCACCGACGGUGCCGCCUACUGGCAGUUCCCCUACGAGUCGCGUGAUUUUCGGGAAGAAAUGGAACAAGUUUGGAAGGAAAUCCUUCCGCUGUACGAGAUGAUCCAUGCGUACGUCCGUCGCAAGCUGCGCGAGUUUUACGGUCCCGAUAAAAUCAGCCGAGACGUUCCGCUACCGGAUCACAUUCUCGGCGAUAUGUACGGUCAAAGUUGGAACAACAUCCUAGAUGUGCUGAUUCCUUACCCGGGAAGAAGCUACCUGGAAGUAACGCCGGAAAUGCACAAGCAAGGCUACAAUCCGCUGGUGAUGUUUCAAAUCGCGGAUGAAUUUUUCGUGUCAAUGAACAUGACCGCAAUGCCACCGGACUUUUGGCUUACGUCGGUGCUAACUCAGCCACCGGAUCGGCCGGUUUUAUGCACACCUUCCUCCUGGGACUUCUGCAAUGGCAAAGAUUAUCGCAUCAAGAUGUGCACUACGGUAUCGCACAAAGAUUUCAUCACAGUCCAUCACGAACUGGCUCAUGUGCAAUAUUUUUUGAACUACCGGAACAAUCCGAAAGUAUUUCGAGAUGGAGCGAAUCCAGGUUUCCACGAGGCCAUUGGUGACGCUGUAACACUUUCCGUUGCUGCACCGAAGCACUUGCAGAAUCUGGGUCUGGUGCAAAAGAACGUCGACGAUACGGCACACGAUAUAAAUUUUUUGUUUUCGUUGGCCCUGGAGAAGGUCGUUUUUCUUCCGUUUGCCCUGGCGAUGGAUGCUUGGCGGUACGACAUUUUCGAAAAACGUAUCCGAAAGGAGCAGUACAAUUGCCACUGGUGGCUGCUGAGAGAGCAAUAUGGAGGCGUUAAACCACCAGUGCUGAGAUCUGAGCUCGACUUUGAUCCCGGUGCGAAGUAUCAUGUAGCGGCCAACAUUCCAUAUAUCAAAUACUUCUUCUCCAACGUACUCCAGUUCCAAAUUCAUCGCGCAAUGUGUUCGGCCUCGCGGCAAUACGACCCACUCGAUCCGAACAAACCACUGCACAAGUGUGACAUCUACCGGCAGCCGGCGGCGGGGAAUAUACUCAAGCAGCUGAUGGAACGCGGCGCAUCUGAACCGUGGCAACAGGUUCUCCAGGAGGUGAUCGGCGAGGGCCGGUUGGACGGUACGGCACUCCGGGAGUACUUCAGGCCGCUCGAGGAGUGGCUUCGCAACGAAAAUCUGCGCACCAACGAGUUCGUCGGCUGGAUCUACGACGGGGACUACUGCAAGCACAGCAUCGAGACGGCGAAUCUGCAGGUUUUCGGUGGCUUCUACAAUGGUGCCGUGCGACCCCGGCUGAGUGUGGUGUUGAUUUUUAUUGGGGCCUAUCUUUUUGUGCGAAACAGAGCGUAUUAGUCGGGGGUUGAUCUAGUAGAGAUAUUGUUUUCUUUUCGGCAAUCAAUCAAAGAGUUUUA